UAUUAACCAACCCAGCCAAUGAUGUGCUUUGUGGAGACCAUUGACCAACUGCGCAUGCGUACUAUCGAACAGUCAGCACUAGACUGACACUAAAACCGUCCUGUUUCCUCUUUAUGCGCUUUCGCCACUAUAGCCUAACAUAACACACUGCUGCACUUUACUUUGCUGCUGUGGUGACUUUUCUAACAGAUUGAUACCAAGUUCCUCACCGACAAUAUUAUCAUUUUGAAAGGGCUUGCUGUGAAACAUUUCUUUUAUAAUUCGCUUUUUUUUUGUCUCCAAAAUGCCUGAGUUCAUAUCAGUGGACGAGUUUAUCGCGGAGACUUUGGAGGACUACAGCUCUCCCACCACUUCUUCGUUCUACAGCAAAAUGACAAGUUGCCGAAAUUCCGCUAACAAUAUCGAGGAGUCCUUGGACUCUGACCGCACAAUCUUGCAGAAAAUGAAGAAAGCAGCCAAAGCAAAGCACAUCUCUGGCCAAGACCAUGUAUCACAUUUGGAGUCAUACAUCAAUUCCAUGGAGAAGUUGGCCGUGAAUUUCCACAACAAUGGAGAAAAGGAAGUGGCCUCUGCGUUUAAUAAGUUUGCAGAAUUCUCCAAAGAACUGCUGACGCCAAUGAAGAACUUGUUGAAGAGCAUGUUGCACAACGUCAACUUCUUCCUGGACUCGCUGGUAAAAGGGGAUCUGAAAGAGGUCAAAGGUGACCUGAAAAAGCCUUUUGACAAGGCAUGGAGAGAUUAUGAGAAUAAAUUCACUAAAAUCGAGAAAGAGAAGAGGGAACUGGCGAAGCAGUAUGGUAUGGUGCGUACAGAGGUGAGCGGAGGAGAGAUUGCAGAAGAGAUGGAGAAAGAACGCAGAAUGUUCCAGCUACAGAUGUGUGAAUACCUCAUCAAAGUAAAUGAAAUUAAAACCAAGAAAGGAGUAGACCUGCUACAGAACCUCAUCAAACACUACCAUUCUCAAUGCAAUUUCUUUCAGGAGUGUCUGGCUGCAACGGAAAAACUCAAGCAGUACAUUGAUGCCCUUACAGGACAGCUGAGUGCUAUCAAACAUAAGCAGGAUGAUGAGAAGAAACAGCUCUGUUCUCUCAGAGAUCAGCUCAGACCGGCUCUGCUGCCUGAAUUCAAAGAGCAGUCCAGAAGAGACUCCCUAAGCAGACAGACUGUGUACAGCAUGCAUCAGCUUCAAGGCAACAAGCAAUAUGGCUCAGAGAAAUCAGGCUACCUCUACAAGAGGAGUGAUGGUUUGAGGAAGAUGUGGCAGAAGAGGAAAUGUACCGUGCAGAACUGCUAUCUUACCAUCGCUCAUGGAACUCCGAAUAAAUCACCAGCUAAACUGAAUCUCCUCACCUGCCAAGUCAAACCAAGUCUGGAAGACAAGAAAUGCUUUGACCUCAUCUCACAUAAUCGCACUUACCAUUUUCUGGCUGAUGAUGAAUCUGAUUGUGUGGCGUGGAUAUCAGUGCUUACAAAUAGUAAACAGGAAGCUCUAAAUGUGGCUCUGGAUGAGAGGAAGCCAAGUGGGGAAAACAGCGUUGAGGAUCUGACACGAGCCAUCACUGAGGAUAUUCGCCGCAUGCCUGGAAACAACGUUUGCUGCGACUGUGGGGCCCCAGAUCCGACCUGGAUCUCUAUAAACCUGGGAAUCCUGACGUGUAUUGAGUGCUCAGGGAUCCAUCGGGAAAUGGGUGUACAUCAUUCACGUAUACAGUCACUUUCUCUAGACAAAUUAGGCACUUCAGAAUUGCUGUUGGCAAGAAACGUGGGGAAUUCAGGUUUUAAUGAAAUUGUGGAGGCCAAUCUUCCCAGUCCCUCUGUGAAGCCGUCAGCAGAGAGUGACAUGGCCAUACGUAAGGACUUCAUACUCUCAAAGUAUAUGGAGUUGCAGUUUGCACAGCGUAGCAGUGGCUCACCGGAAACAAAACGCAAAUAUCUGCAGGACGCUGUGCACAGUCGGGAUGUCUUCAGCCUCUUACAGCUUUACGCUGAGAGAAUGGACUUCAGCCUGCCACUGCCAUGUCCCCUACAGGAAAAGGGGGAAACUGCACUACACCUAGCCGUCCUAUUGUCUGACAGGACUUCACUUCAUGUGGCUGACUUCUUGUUCCACAACUGUAAUAAUUUGGAUGCUCAAACUGUGAAGGGGAACACUGCUUUGCAUUACUGCUGUCACCACAAUAAAACAGAGUGCCUUAAACUUCUGCUCAGAGCCAAGGCCAACACUCAUAUCAAGAAUGAUAAUGGAGAGACGGGGUUGGACAUGGCUCGCAGACUGAAGCACACACUGUGUGAGGAGCUGAUCCACCAAUCACAGAACAACCUGUUCAACAUGCACGUGCACGUGGAGUAUGAGUGGAGACUCCGGCAAGAUGAUCUUUAUGAGAGUGACGAUGAUUUAGAUGACAAGAUGGGCCCAGUGAAAAAGGAGCGCUUAGGACGGCCGUUCAGCUUGUAUCACAGUAGCUCUGCCUCUCACGGUGGAGGAGGAAGUAGUGGAGGGGGGUUGUUCAACGUGGGCCGGAGGCUGGCAAUGGCCCGGGGAGAAAACCGGAGGGAGGUGUACGCCAGUCCCAACUCUCAGACACGUAGCCUCGACAGUCCCCCUCCGCCACCCCCUUCAUCACCCGCACCGCCGCUGCCACCUCGAGUCAGAGCUCCAAACAUCCCCCCUCCUCCCCCUCCCAUGAGCUCACCUGAUGGCUGGAUGUCCCAUGAAGUGAGCAGCAGUAAGAAACGAACCCCUCCUCCCCCUCUUAUCAUCCGACACAAGCGCACCUAUUCUGAGCCCGUCCCUCAGAUGCCCCCCAGCCCCCACUCUACACGGCAGGGACCAACAGAUUAUGGAGUACCUGCAGGUCCGAGAAGCUUUGGUGGUCCAGACUCACCUUUCCAGAAGUGUGUAUCAGGCUCUCCCAAAUACACCACGUCUACUCUCAACUCCUUAUCUGAGCUUCCAGAACGAGGCUUUCGAGCAGAUGGGGAGAGCAGCUCGUCUCACUUGCUGUACCAAACCCCACAGCCCAUCAGCAGCGGCGGGCGGCAUGCCCCGGCCCUGUCCCCUACCUCCCCGCGCUCCUUCAGCCUGGAGACUAACGGCAGCUCCUCUUCCUCCUGCCACACUGCUCCUCACCCACUGCCCAGAAAAACUCUGAUGAAGUCGAAGCUGAAGCGUGUUAAAGCCAUGUAUGACUGUGUGGCGGAUCAUCACGAUGAGCUCACCUUCAAUGAGGGUGAGGUUCUGGUGGUGCUCGGAGAGGAGGAUGCUGAUUGGUGGCACGGCUACAUCGAGGGACAGCCAGACAGAACGGGCUUAUUUCCAGCAUCGUUUGUCUCUAUGCUCGCUGAAUGAAGCUGGCCAACGGAGCUGAAAUCAUAGCACGGUCGACUCUACUGCCAAAGCACCCUGGGAAAUGAGGGGCUUGAAGUCCACCCACAGAACCAUCGGUAAUGAAGAAUCAGCAUAACAAAGCAGCACUCACAGGCCCGUCUGCAGUGCCAAGAGAGAUGGGAUAUGUGGAACACGUUGUGCUGUGAGCAAAACUUCUCAUUGUUUGCAGUUGAGAAUCAUGCCCUCUGAUCCAUCCACAGACCAGCCUCUACCAAAAACCAACAUCAUGUACUCUCUUAAAAAUGCUCCAAAAGCACACACAGCAUGAACUGCAUGUUACAUUGAACUGAAUUCAAAUGUGAGGAAUCGUAAAUGUCAGAUCACAGGUUUGUAUUACGAAAAAGUAAUGCCGAGAUUGUGUUGCUAUUCAAGGAAUGGAGAACAGCUUUAAAGCACAAUCCUCUGCAACAGGGUAACUGUUAAAAUCUAAUCAAAAACAAACAAAUUAAUUAUGGAUAUUUUGUGUUUGGGUGAAUUGCACAAAAAGACAUCCAGGUCAUAGUUGACCUACAUGAAAAAAAAAUAUAUAUAUUUUUUUUAUACCAAGAAAUUUUGCUUUGUGUGUGUGUUUUUUUUUGUUUUUUUUUUACAUUUCAGCACAUUUCUACGACGGCGUUUUAGUGCCACGUUAAAAAAAUGAAAAAAUAAAUAAAUAAAUAAAUAAAAUCUAAGAUUAUGAGAUUAAAAUCGUAAUAUUUCGAGAAUAAAGUCGAAAUACUACAAAAUACUUAUUCUCAAAAUGUUUCAACUUUAUUCUCGAAACAUUUAGACUUUAAUCUCGUAAUCUUAGAUUUGAAUUUUUUUUUAUUUGGCACUAAAACGCUGUUGUACAUUUCCCCCCAAACUCUUAGUUUUUAAAAAAAUUCUAUUCUAAUUUUGAAUUAUUAUUUCCACUACUCUAUUAAAUACUGUAAACAGUUUUUUUUUUUUAAAUGUAAAAGCAGGGAAAUUUUUGCAUAUUUUUUGCAUUAAAGUAAUUAGAAUGAGAUUUUUUCACAUUAUAGCAACAAUUUGGGAAGAAAAGUCCUUUAAAAAUAAACACAAAAUUUAACUUAUAUAAAUUGUAAUAAAACUUCAAUGGUCCUAAAACAUUUCUUUCCGAUAAAUUUUUUAUUUUUUUUUUGGAACAUGAGAUCACCCAUUUAUUGUUCAAUUAUUUCCAUAACUUCAGACAAAAAAAAAAAAAAAAACACUGAAUACAUGGUGAUUUUAAGUAAGUGGUUUAUUGAAAACAGACCACAGAUUAAUCACAGGGUCACACAAAACAUCAUGAACAUAGAAGCUUACACACACCACACAAUUUGGCCAUUACAAUGCGAUCAAACCAUCACAUUCAGCUGAACAUGGACUAACUCCUUAAAGUGCUUCGAGAGUAGAGAACUACAUGUGGCAGAAGACAUUUUUCCGAAUCAUGUCACACCCAGGGAAUAUUAAAUCUGCAGUCACACGUUUGAGAACAUGACAAGUAAACAAAACCAUAAAAACUCAUUUGGCCACAGAUUUUUGACUUUACUGCUCAAUAUCUUGGACUCUAAAUAAUUCCACCAGUAGGGAGAUGUAAAAAAUAUUCAGUUAUAAUUGGUGAGCUGUUUUUCUACUUGCAUUAGAGGAACUUAUAUAUACACCAUCAUGUAUUAAAAUUUGAACUUGUGGUUUUAGCUCUGCUUUUUAUAUGUUUAAGAACCUGAAUGGAAAACGGGGGUAUUGUGAGAUAUUUAAGUAUUGUGUAUCUCAUUAAAAAAUAGGCUUGUAUGUUUUUCUGUAUUUUUUUAUUUAUGUGACAAUAUCAAAUAUUUUUAUUUUUAAUACUGUCCUGGAUGCCCUUAAACUGUGACUUUUGAAUUCAAUUAUUUUUUUUUCUUUGGUUCUGUUUCUAAAUAGAUUGUUAAAACACACUUUCAUUUCGGUUUCUUUUUGAAUUUUUUCCAAACUAUAAUUCUCCAAUGAUGAUGGGGUUCAGAAUAUCUGUGACUGUUCUCCAUGCAAACUCUGUAAACUGUGAAAGCCACUGAUUUACAUGAAGCAAAGAAUCCAAAGCUAAAAUACAUUCGAGAACAGAAGUCACAGAAAAAAAACGACAGCUUGAUAACACUUGGCAACAAUGAAAUUACAGCUUAAGUUUCUAUCUUGUCUCAGUUCUUAAAAAUAGUUCCCAAUAUGCAAACUAGAAAAAAAGGGGGGGGGGGGGGGCACAGAACAUCUACUAUUAACCACCAUUAAUUUCAACUAUAAAAAUACAGAGAUCAAUUGUAAUUCAGGAAAAAAGAUAAUGAAUCGAAGCAUGUGCUCUAUCCAGGACUGUAAAUCACAAGACAGGUUGUUGUACGAGUGCCACAGAGAACACUCUAGGGACGGAUUUGGUCUAAAGGUGUAUAAUGAUAUUUUUAAAUGUACAGUAACUCACAACAACUCUCCCAUAGCAAACAACACACUCUCAACUAUAACCUAGAAUGUGUUUUCACAGCUCUAUGUGACAUAAAUCUUCCAGCAUGUGGUUUGGCUAUAUUUAGCUGAUUUCAGUAUGGUUAAAUAACGACAGAACUUUAAGGUGAAAAAAAAAACCCUUCAAAAACAACACAGGAAAUGUGUGGUAACUUGAAUGAUGUCGGUUCAUCUCUGUAAUUUUCUAAGGUGAAAUCUAAAACAACAUUUGUGAAGGUCUUAAUACAUUAUUCAAACUCCUUUCUGACUUCUAAAAAUGUGUGUAUUGCUUAAUUGACAUUUUAAAACAUUAAAAUCCCAAAAUUUGUCAUCUAAAAAGCUUUAAUGCACUGCAGGUUGAAGUUAAAA